CAUGCGCUUCCUUGGGAUUACUCUUGCUUCUCUCGCGUUUGGCGCUUUGGGCCAGAACUGCGGCCCGCAGUAUGGCAACCAAGUUUGUGCUGCUAGAAAGUGCUGCAGCCAAUAUGGAUGGUGUGACACAGAUGCUGCGCAUUGUGACUCAUCAACUUGCUUGAGUAAAUUCUCAGGUGCUGGUUCAAGCUGUGCUAAGCCCGAGGCAUCUUCCACGACCGCACCGAACCCGGCCUCCACUUCAUUCAUGUCCGAAGUCCCCGUGAUAGAUGUCUGCGGUCAUGCGGAAGGCGGUGUGUCGUGUCCCGGCGCCGGUCUCAAUGGCUAUUUCUAUCGUUGCUGUUCCUCUGCCGGCCAUUGCGGACCUAAAAAUGACAUCCAAGAUCAAGCAUUGUACUGCGGAUCCGGAUGUCAAGGUGGCUUCGGAAAGUGCGGCGCCAAUAUGAGCAAGCCGUCGAAGCCCACUGGACAGCACGGUACCUCACAAGAGGGGGAAACUUGCGGUCCUAUUGUGAACAAAAAAUGCGCAGAUGGGCUCUGUUGUAGUGGCAGCAACUUCUGUGGCUCCGGAGAAGACUUUUGUGGGGCCGCAAAUUGGUGCCAACCUACUUGGGGUUCUUGUUCUAGCAAGAGAACCAUUUAAGCAGUGAUUGUCUGGUACCAUUCUUUAUAUCCUUAUCUUUUUUUUUUUUUUUUUUUUUUUUUUUUUUUUUUUUUUUUU